GGAGGCUCCCGUCGUCACUGACUGUAGCACCCGGUCAGGGCGUGUGUUGCUAGCUGUGCUCUUCCAGCCAGGCGGGGGCCAAGCGGUCGUCUUUUCAUUAUUCGCCUGACUAAUGUUUAAUCGAUAGGAGAUAUGGAUUUCGACGCUUUAUUCAACGAAAAGACGUUUCAGUUCUCGGACUUCCAGGAGUUCACGUUUCUUCCUGGACACCAGAAGUUGACUGAAAGAGUGAGAAAGCGAUUAUAUUAUGGCCUGGACAAAGACGUUUCUUUAGAUGCCCUCUCUUGCCCUGUUACAGAUAUCGCCGUCGAAAUCUUCCAGAAGUCUGCCCCAAGCCCAAUACGAAAGCUCCAGAAGAAGUAUGCAGCUCAUGUUGCCAGGGAGGCUUGCAUCUCUCCAUGUGCCAUGAUGCUGGCUCUAGUUUACAUAGAACGGCUCCGACAUAGAAACCCUGAAUACCUACAAAAGAUCUCCUCCUCUGACCUCUUCCUGAUCUCUAUGAUGGUUGCCAGCAAGUACCUGUAUGACGAAGGAGAGGAAGAAGAAGUUUUCAACGAUGAGUGGGGAGCAGCUGGGAAGCUGGACGUGCAAACUGUCAAUAACCUGGAGAUGAACUUCUUGAAUGCCAUUGAAUGGAGCCUUUUCACAGAUCCAAAUGACUUCUUUGAUAUACUGAGUCAUCUAGAAACCAGCAUUGCAGAGCGGCAGGGGAUGAAACGUGGCUGGUUCACCUACACUGACCUCUGUGUACUGCUGGAGCAAUCAGCAUGGAGUCAGGCCCUCACAGCUAUCUACCAGCACUUUACUAAGGUAUCCUGUAUGCUCGGCUUGGUCUAUCUGACCAGUGUGGCUGGCCUUAUUGCCACCAGCGCUGUCCUGCACCAGCUCAGUCUCUCCAGGAGCGGCCAGUCCCCAUUUGCACCCACAGCAGAGACCAGCCCGGCCCACCUUCAGACCUCCAACCUAAACCCAGAAGCUCCUGCGGCAGUCCAGCGCCCCCCCUGCUGUGUUCAAGCCAACAAGAGCCUGAACCGUCAGACCAAUGCACUUGGAAUAGGUCACAAACAAGCUCCCCCAUCGGCUUCCUCACAGACAUCAGUAUUGUGUCUUUGGGGCUCCCUCCUUGCCUCAAUGGGUCACAUACAUCCUGAAACCAAGUCUGAAAUGGAAGUUUCCCAUACCUGGUCUACGGCCUCCUUCUUCUGUCCUGGCUGUCUUGCAACCCUCCCUCCUCUUCAGUGUGGGCUUAAAAACACCUCGGCACUCUUCACUCACGGUUCCCCUGACAACCAUCAGCGUCAGGCACUGUGGCUGGCCUCCAGCCUCCUCGGAGCCACAGAGCCAAGUCUGAACUCUCGCCUGGGGGUGUUUCCCCCUGUACAGCUGGGACCCUGCCACCCAGAGUCUAUGAAAGCCCAAGCUCUGCUCAUGCCCGGCUAGAGACCUGCAAACACCACUGCUGUCAACCUGUUAAAUAGACUCUGGAAAUUGAACCAGCAUCAUUUUCAUGGCUCAUCAACUGCUUGAAGUCAUGUUUUGUUUACUUUUCCAGAUCUAGAAAUACAGGUGUGAAGAUGAGGAAUUAGGCACAUGUCAGACAGAGUGAGAGUUUGAUAACACAGCACAGGGUGAAAGUUCACUAAUGCACUUAUAGUUCACAACUGCAGAAUAAAUUUGCCAUAAGUGAAAUGCCAUAGUUUUUGGUUAACGCGCUGCAGACAAGGAAUUUGAGGAUAAUUUAAUAUUUUUCUUGGCUUCAACCAAAUUGUUUUACUACCCACAUUUUUCAUUGUUUGUGUUUUGAGCUGAUGAAAGUGUGCGGAGGUUAUACAGCGUAUCUGAAAGGUGAAAGUUUCAAAGUAAGUUGUUUUUUUGUUUUUUUUUCCUCUUUGAUGGGACGUUGUGAAAAGAAGGGACUAAGUCAGUUUACUUUGUAUACUAAAUUUUGGUUUAUCCAUAUUUGCUUACUGUUACCAUAUCUUUGCCGUGUGUGUGUAUACAGAUUUACACCAGACUUUGGUCAUACACAUGCUGCAAGCACUGAUUUUGUACACAAGAUUUUUGUACACCAGUUACUUGUUGAACAAAUUGUCUUCUGUCAUUGUCAACUUUCACCUGUAAUUCAGGAGAAAGCAUCAAAGAAAAGAAACAGGCUGUUCUUACACACUUUGUCUUCAUACCUCAGUGGUACUGUCAUUGCUCACACAGUGAUCAUUAACAUCAUCUCCUCUUAUUCUGCUCAUUUACUGCUUUUUUUUUUCCAUCUCUUUUCUUUCAUUAGUAAUAUUAUUCACCAACUUUUAUGUGGCAGCAGGAUGUCACACAACCAUAAAGCUACUUUCUAUAACAGUAACAGGGUAAUGUUCAGCCAAAUUUAAGAGAUUAAAGAAGAAGUUUCUCCUUCUCCAAGGGAAAGAAGUGUAUAAAAAAAAAAAAAAAAAAAAAAGGUGGGCUCCUGGGGUUUUUACUCAGUUUCUAGUUGGUUUCUGGUUGGUGUUUUUGAAGUGAACAUUUUAAUACAACAUGUAACAUGCUGAAGGAUAACUGCAGGUUGUUUGUUUUUUUUGUCUGGAAUUUGCACAUCUGGUUCCAGUUAAAUGGCAACUCUCAUCCACUCCACAUCGUGAAGCUCCUCUUUUAAAACAUCAGAGAAAAAUGUAAAGACUAGAUUAUUUUUAUGUACACAGUUACACAUGGUCCCCCAGGACGUUUACUUUGUAAUUGAACCUUUGACGAAUUGCUCUUAGCAUUUCAAUUUGAUACACUUUGAAGCACCAAGUCCUUUAAUUUUGUAAAUGCUGUAAAAUGCAAAUAUUGUAAAAAAGAAAAAAAAUCUGAAGAAAAAAACAAUGGCUAAUAAAGAUUGCAUUUCUUUGUGGCA